AAACAAAAUUUCCGACAUUGAACUCGCUCUUUCCUAUUAACCACUUUCUGGAGCUGCACUAUCAUGAAUUCGAAAAAACUUAAUUCCAACGGCUGGUUCGCGGAGGACCAGAUCAACUACGAACAGCAAGGUUCUCGAAGUGAGCAAACGCCGCUGUUGCGACAAGCGACGACGAAUCCACAGCAGGGUAGGACUGCUGGGAAUCGGAAUUCAUCGUCGCCCCUUCUGCCCCCCGGCGCGGGAGCAGGCUCGAGUAAAGCCAAAAACUACUACACUGACAGUGCGGAUGAGCAGCAGGGUGAUCUACUUCGGAAGUCAGUCCGCGGAAGUACGAGUAGUGCUUCGACUACUAAGUGGAAGUUUCUAGGAAUUGGGAAAAUUUGAAAAAAUUGUCUUCCCUGCGAACCCUCCCCCGGCUGCGGCGGCUCCUCGUAGCGGUGUAUAGCUGGCGUGGCGAGCCAGCAUUUGUUUGUUGUACUGCGAAAUGGAAAGAGGAAAAGGCUGUCGUAGACAUCGCACGCGCUACCACUCUCCAAAAGCAUCAAAACAAGACGGCGCGUCUCAGGUCGCACUUACCUCGAUCGCGAACCUGUCACCGCCGGAGGCUCCACACACGCACGCAAAUCGUUCCCGAUUCAUAAAAACGCAGCGACUCCUACGGGCGCAUCGAAGUCAACGACACACACCGAAGUCGCAGGCCUUUGCGGUAUUUGGGCUUACUGCACCGCCCACCAGUUCGCCGCACAAUUCCCACACAGAUAGGGCACCUGGACACAGGGCAGACUGCUGGGGCGGGUGGGUGGCCCCAAGAUGCCAAAUUGCGCCGGUUCGAAAAAAUUUUCCUAAGAAAUUGAAUCGCGGUGGCACGGUGGCGCUUUUGGCCUGAAGGCGCCGGGGUCAUCCUUCCCCUUCCCGGCCAAAUGUUUCCGCACCUCCUCGCGCCGGGUAGGCCACGCGCCCGACCCCAUUGGCCCCUUCCAAAGCUGCAGCACCAGUUUGGCAACCUCAGCCCGCAGAUUUUCGGCGGGCUGGUGAUCGGUAGAGUGAGCCCAGAUACCUCAACGACGUGUGGCCGUAGUGCAGUGCUUUGACUGUGAUGCCCCCGCAGAGGACGUCGCUGCGUAUUCAAAUGCAGAGCGAUUUUGUGUGUGUGCGGAGCCUCCGCUGAUAACAAGCAGGCGAUCGAGGUUAGGGACCUGAAAAAGUACCUGCCUGCAGUGAUGAUCUCACUGCGUGGCGAUACGUCUCAGGUCUGAAGCAGUCUUUUGCUGUUUCCAUUUUCAAAGGCAGCAAACAAAUGUAGGCGCGCCAGGCAAGCCGAACACCGCGAGGGAGAGCUUCUGCAGCCGGAAGAAAAUUCGAAGGGGUGGGAAUUUUUUUGAAUUUUCCCAAUUCCUAGAAACUUCCACUUAGUACUCCGCGGAAGUACGAGUAGUGCUUCGACUUUUUGCGGCUGUCAUAUUUCCGCCCUGUGCAUUGUCGAGGCCAGCCUGAUCUUUUUUGGCGUGACGAAAAUUGUGGAGCUGUUGGUCAACAUCCGGUUGAUGCUGCAGCAGAAUGCGAACGCGUUUUAUCUCGGCUUCUUCACGCUUAUUACGCCGUGUCUGCAAACCGAAGGCAACCAAAAUAGUCCGCGCGUCAGGUCGGUGCAGAACGAGGACAUGCCCAGGGUGUGCGUUUUGCUCUUCUGCUGCUUCGUCACUGCGGGGAUGAUUACAAGUAGGGUUUUGGAUAACUGCUUUCUUAUUCUUUCUUCCGAUUUUCUUCGGUAUAAAUUUUGAUGCCAUUGGCUGGUAGAUCUUAGCUACAGCUUCUGCGUGUAGUUCGAAUGCGUGUGCUAGCCCAGGCAGUUACUGUCACAACUACAUUGCAGACCCGUGUAUUAGUUUCCAUCCGAAUUUUUUUUUAUUUCUCAGGUUUGCUGUUCGAGCGCGUGUGCUUGGAAAAGUACCAGGUUCCCGCCUGGCACGUGAUUGCUUUGUUCGCCGAGAUAUGCAUCGCAAAUCUAUCUGGGUCGGGAAGAUCUCGAGAUUUGUCGUGCAAUUUUUCCAAUCUGCAAUGGAAUGCAGGGCUUAGCGUCACACGUUCUGCAGCCACUUAGUAGUGCCUCUUCUGCAUGCAGAAUCAGCUCUCACCAGCAUGGUCAGAAGUAGGCAUCUUUUGCAAUAUUGUCAAGACAGAUUUUUGUGUGACCCGCAACACGCAUCACGAGUUCGCUCGCUUCCAGACCCAGACCACAUGUUUGCAAUGCAUACGGGAUAGCCUACCUGGUGACGCAGUGCUCCUGGAACCCAGACACUCUGGCGCAUUUGAACGACUGUGCGUACCUCGACAAAUUUCUCAUUCCGGUCAUUAUUAUGGUGCUGUUGGGGUUUCACUACCACUUGGUCGUCAACGAAAAGCAACGCCGAAGCAGUAGUUCCUGGGUGUACCGCACCAGUCGGAAUAGCAGGACGGGACCGGUAGACUUGACUGCGGAGCGAGCAAUAUCGCACCGGAAAAACUUUUCUAGCAUAAUUUCUUGUACCACAACGUACAAAUUGAUACGAUUAUGCAAAGACGAUCAUAUCAUAUGGAGGACUGAACACCGAACGAGGGUAGUUUCUUCUGCAUGUCGCAAGAAGUGGCAUUCUGUCGUGUAGUUUUUGUGUGUGCCAGAUUUAUUUGUGUAUCCAGGCAGGUUCAUGGGUCAACACAAAUCGACUCGAUUUGUUUUUGUAUGCUAGUAAAUUUAUUCCGUGUGAAAUAAAGCAAGGUCCGGCAGCUCGUCGUCGAGCAGCAGCUCCUAUUCUCGGAAACAGAACGAGCUUUACGACCGUGUUGACAUUACCACCAACUCAAACGGCGACGUGAUUCUGGAGGCCAGCGACCCGAGGUUUGUCGUGCGCAGGAGUUCUGGUAGCAAGAAUUCCUCUGUAAAUUCGGCCUCGGUGGAACGAUCAAAUUCAAAGUUACAGCAGCAGCAGAAAACUACCUCCGCUUCCUCCGCGAGCGCGAAUUGGAAGUUCAACUUAACGGUGCAAAAAAAGAGCACAUCAUCAAGCGGAGGAACAACUUCCAACGUUGGUGCCGGUGUGCAGCGGAUUGCGUCCACUUCGCGAAUUUUGACGGGCAGAAGUUCGUACCUUUCUGCCGCUCCGGCGAGCAGCGCGGCAGAAAGGUACGCCUUCGCGGCGGGGGAGGGUACUACAACUAUCGGGGAGAUGAACGCGUCGUUCUACUAUCCCCUCUCGUCGUCCCAAGCGGCCGCGGGAACGCAAAAGAACCAGUCGAUGCCGAUGAGUUCGUGGCCCAGCUUCCGCCGGCGACAGGAGGAGGCGUUUGCGGCGCAGAAAACCAUAUCCUGUGUAUAAAUAUCUUACUCGUAUUGCAAUCAUGCAUUGCAAAGCCUUUUGUUACAGGUAAAUCGGCAUUAUGUCAUGCUGAGGAAAUUUGUAAUGCAUUUAAAUUUAUACGAGUGCGAUACUUCUACUUUUGCAGUUCAUAAACCAUGGAAAACGUAACCAACGACCGGCUGCUGAGUCAACAGCUGUUGUCGGCAAACAUGAGCGAGUUCCUGGACGUGCUCCCCGAAACUACCCGGGAUAGCUUUUACGACCGAAUGCCCGAGAGCACCGGAGAUUUCUUCACCAAAAACAACAUCUAUGAUCUAAACGACGACAACAAGGUGGAGAUCCCGGGGGCACAGAUGGAGUUGGGAAAAAAUGUGCGAGCCUCCAUGGCCCUAAACAAUAGCCCAGGCAGCGCGGCGCCGGCGGGGACCAUGGGAAGUGCAUCUAGUGUUUCGAAGUCCUCUCCGACUUCUUCUAAGAAGGACAAGAAACAUCAGAAGAAGCAUAUAACCUGCUCAGCUGUUACAACGUCAAAGGUUACAGUAGAAUAUGGAAAUCUGUGAUGCAAGGAGUGCAUUAAUGAUGAAUAUCUAGCCAACUCUCAUAGGAUUGCGCAUCACAAAUUUCGGAGGCCCAAACCGCGCUACAAUCAGAUCUGGCGAAAUUUGUAUCGCAAAAAGUGGAAUACUGUCUGAGUCUGUCAUGCUCAUCAUGCAAAAAUACAAAAUCCAGACUCCAAUAUUGGAGCGGUUGAGAUUGUAACGUUUGAGCAGGUCACAAAGCAGAAACCGCCGAAGGCCAGUUUGGAGAGAGACGGCGACUUUGAGUAUCUGCAGUUCGUGGCGAAAGAAGCGAGAGAGGAGUACUUGGACGAAACGCCGAUUGUGAGCAGUGCAUACUAUGAGAAUCUCUUCGACGACCACGCCGAGAUGGAGGCGGUCACAUCGCGUGGGUUCUAGAACAGAGAAAUUUAUAGACAGGGAGUAGGGAGGACCCUGGAGGACCAGGGAGGACCAGGGAGGAGCGUUCGCGUCUAUAUAGAAAAAGCAUCGGGCAUUUUUUCAAAAUGUGUUCACCGAUGGCAUGGCGAACUUUCGGGCCAAGGCCCCUUCAGCUUUCUGAUAGCCAUACCAAUAACAACUGCGUAACGAAAUUGAACAGCGACGCAGUAAAUUGCUGAAGUAGCCACUUCAACAGUUUGCGUUGUUGUUCGGUUUACAACUUGCCAUGCAGUUGUUAUGGAAGUGGCUACUUCAAUUCGCACAGGCAAACUGUUGAAGUUGCCAUUUCAAAAACUUGCGCUGUGCAAAUUUUUGAAGUAGUCACUUCAACAAUUUGCGUUCUUGUUGUUGUUCGGCUUGGGUUUGCAACGUGUCACGCAGCUUGUGUUGAAGUGGCUAAUUCAACUUCGCGGAGAGUUGAGGUAGCCAUUUGAAUAGCAAGCGCAUGACAAAUUGCCACAAUAGUGAAAAUUUAUUGAAAUUGAACAAAAAUAAAAAAUGUGAAAGUGGCCACUUCAACAAUUCGGGUUCUGCGAAUUGUUGAAGUGGCCAUUUCAAAAAUUCGGGCUGUGCAAAGUGUUGAAGUGGCCACUUCAACAAAACCCGAAUUGCAAUUGUUGAAAUGGCCAUUGCAAGAUUUUGCACGACCCGAAUUAUUUCAACAAUUCGCAGAACCCGAAUUGUUGAAAUGGCCAUUUCAACAUUUUGCACAACCCGAAUUGUUGAAAUGGCCAUUUCAACAAUUCGCAGAACCCGAAUUGUUGAAAUGGCCAUUUCAACAUUUUGCGCAACCCGAAUUGUUGAAAUGGCCACUUCAACAAUUCGCAGAACCCGAAUUGUUGAAGUGGCCACUUCAACAAUUCGCAGAACCCGAAUUGGUGAAGUGGCCACUUCAACACUUUGCACAACCCAAAUUGUUGAAGUGGCCACUUCAACAAUUUGGGUUGUGCAAAUUGUUGAAAUGGCUACUUCAACAAUUUGCGUUGUGCAAAUUGUUGAAAUAAUUGCGCAAAAUGUUGAAGUGGCCACUUCAGCAAUUCGGGUUUUGUUGAAAUGGCCAUUUCAACAUUUUGCACAACCCGAAUUGCUGAAGUGGCCACUUCAACAAUUCGCAGAACCCGAAUUGUUGAAGUGGCCACUUUCACAAUUUUUGUUCGCACACGACGCAAAUUGUUGACAUAGCCACUUCAACAAUUGGCGUCGUUGUCCAGCUUCAGUUUGCAACGUGUCACGCAGCUGCUCACGACACUCUGGUGGAGAGUUGAAGUGGCCACUUCAUCAAAAGCUGCAUGACAAGUUGCAAACUGAACAACGACGCAGAUAAUUCUUGCUGCAGUGGCUAUAAUUUGAGCGCGUUUGUGUUGUUGUUCAAUUUCAACAACUGCCACUACUGUGGCAAUUUGUCAUGCAGUUGUUAUCGAAGUGGCUACUUUUUCAACUUUCUUCCGAUGGAGGACAGUUGGAGUAGCCACUUCAAUAGUUUGCCCUUCAUUUCUGCGCUACAGCUUGCCAAUCAUGAUGGCAAUUUGUAACGCAGAAACGAAGGACAGGAGAAAGCUCUUCGCGUUUCUUUUGUCCUUCAUUUCUGCAUUUGUAACGCAGAAACGAAGGAGAAUAAAGCUACUGAGAGUUGAGAAAGCCACUUCAACAGCUUCGCACUUCCUUGGCCCCUCAGCCUCAUUUGUGCGCUACAGCUUGCCAGCCGUUGACUUUGGCAAGCUGCCACGCAGGCGAGCGCCAUAGCCAUAAAACUCAGGCGCCAAAAGUCGCGCCGCCGUGCAGUUUUCGCCGGGAGUUGGGUCCGAGGGAGGAAGGCUGGACUUCGCUCCCGGGAGCUGAAUCCAGACGCGCUCUCUGUUCGUAGAGCAUGGCGCAGAGCAAGGGGCGCACAAGUGGCGACCCCUGUUAGGUAGCGCAAGUUCCCCACCCACUUUCCAAAAAGUUUCCAAAGCCCCAAGCUCUUGGCGUGUCUGUUGCCCGCCAGCCGGGGCGCCGUUUGUGCGUGCCGUGUCCUCGGCUGCCCAGCUCGCGUCGCGUUUGGCAUUGGGAAGACACUCCGGCGUGGCGCGCCGCCGGGCCCAAUUUUAUUUGGAGCCGCCUGGCACUAAGUACAAACACCGAAAGGGCUGCCCUUCGUGGGUCUUGCGCUUUUCGCCAUGCCCAGGGGCGCCCGCUCCCUUUGUUGUGUCGGUGGCCCUUUUGGGGUCACCAGCGCCCCGCGCGCGCGAUGUUGGCAGAGCAGCGCGGGGCGGGGGCGUUGUGGCAAGGCGGGGCCCCGCGCGGUUUUUGCAGGCCAGCCUUCGGGAGGUCCGUCCCGCGAGUGAGGUCGCCCGCGACCGGGCAAAAUGGCAGGCCGGCGGGGAGGCGACUUGGCCCAGGAGCCAGGAUGGCAGCGGGCGCACGCAAAUACCUCCCGCUGACCUUGCCGCGGCGCCAGUGGGUGCGUCCGUUGGUGCUGUAGGGUAUUGCGGCUCUUUGGCGAUCGCGGGCGAAGCAACUCGGGGGCGGGGGCUAAGGCCCCCCCUGCGCUAGCUUUUGACUGGGCCCGGGCUUUGGCCCCUGCGCCACCCCGGGUGGGCCGCGCCGCCCUUUGGGUGGGUCGUUAGAAGUUGCCCGGGCCAGGCCCCCCCGCCGGUUUUUUGUUGCAGAGUGAAAGAACAGCCGCGCGCCGGGGGCCCGGCGCCCGCUGGCUUUUGCGCGCGAAGCCCGGAGGCUUCUUGCGGCCGGCCGCAAGCGGCAAGCGUCUCUCUGGCCUCCGCGGCCUUGUGCGCAGCGCCCGGCCCAACCCGAGCGACCGCCCGCGGUCGCCCCAAGGCCCCGGCGGCUAUUUCAUUCGGGCGGGCUAGGGGGGCUGGUGGUGUUCCAUUCCCGCCCCGGCAUAGGCGCGGGCUUCUUUUGUAGCUAUGCUCGCUGGGGAUGGGGUCCGGAAUGGCUCCGGGCGGCUUUGGCCCGCCGCGGCCCAGCGCAGUGAGUGCUUCCGAAAGAAAGUAUUUCAAGGGGGCGCCGGGUGUUUUCUGCGUUGGCUUUUCAUUCUAUUGGCUUUGGAAAAUUUUGGGAAGGCUUCGGGGAGAUAUUCGGGAGGCCCCUGCCGUGCUCUUUCCAGUUUUUCCAGAAAAAAGAAGAACGGGGGGGCCCGCCUUGCGGCCUCCGCGUUGGUGCGUCUGCCCGGGCCCGCCGCACGGGAGGCGCGCCCGCAUAUUGGAGGCGUUGGCCCGCCCCGGGGAAAGGGUGCGCCGCAGAGCGCGGCCAGGGAGGCGGGCCAGUCUGCCCUUUGCCGUCCGAGCCCGCCCCGGCGGCUUUCGCUUCUGCCCUGCCCUCCGCGCCGCCCCAUGGCAGUCUUUUGGCCGGCCUUGUGCUUCGGGGCAGCCAGGCGGCCUGUUGGCCCGCCUCCGUCCGCCCCGGCGCGCGCCCGUCCAUUUCGCCGGGGGCCCCGGGCCUUCGCUCCUUGUAUUGCCCGGCCCGUGCGUGUGUCCCACGCACUCGGCGUGCGGGUGUACCGCCCGCGCCCUAGCCAGAAACUGCCUGCGUGGCGCGCCCCGCCCGCGCGGGCGGGCACGAAAAAGGGGCCGGCCCCAGGACAGGCGUGCGUGGGCGAAGGGGCCCGCAGGAAGGGUGGCGCCACUUAUUUUGCCCACUGGACUGACUGACUUCGCCCGGUCGGUCGCAAUGGCGGUGGGCACGCACCCACGCAGGCAAACCAGCUCGGCGGCCGAACUGCCGGCGAGGGCCCGAGGAAGGAUGGAGCAGAGAAGCUGCAUGCCGCCGCCCUAAUGAGAAGACUGGCAAAAAGAGCAGGGGUGGGGCCCGCCAAAAGUUGGGCGGCAGUGGGCCUCGGCCCGGGCAUCCACCCCAUGUGCGCGCCCAUGCUAUGGGCACCGUUGUGACAGCCGGGCGGGCCGUGCCCGGCCUGCCGCGCGCGGCUUUCUCUGGGCCCUCUCGCGUAGUUCGGGUCCAGAGGGGCCGUGGGUCUUGGUCUUGCUUUUCCUUUAUCGGUCGCCGCGCCGCCGUGUCCUGCAGAACAUUACUCAAUAGGCAUAGCCAUUAUUUAGUCAUGACGGCGUGGCACGGGAGUAAAGACCUUGGAAUUAAUGCGGGCAGGGUGCCUAACCCGCGGGGGAGAAAACAGUCCAAAGCCCGGGGCGGUUGGAUGUGGAUCAGGGGCAAAUUUUGUGCAUGUGCUGGAAAUUUAUUGUUGAAAUAUUUUUGAAAAGCUUUGCGCGGUCCGUUUGUAGGGUAGCUUUGCCUUUGCCAUCGCGUCGCCUUAUAGCUUUGUCUUUUGUCGCCGCAUUCCCGACAUCGCACUACCAUGAGGAUUGAGUAUAUUCCGCAUGGAAAACUCGCGCAAAUUGUUAAAGAGCACCAUACCGCCGCGAUUGGGGUUUUUCUGAUUUUUCGGUUUUCGGUUUUGGGUUUUAUAUAGCAAAAUCUCCUCCCUGGUCCUCCCUACCCUGGGACCCGGGAUUCUAUAAACUCUUCUGCUAGAAAUGGAUCUGCUACUGGUUUUUUUAAAGCCAGAACUUACUAAUAUUGAUGGUUUGGUGUACUGCAAGAACAUAUGGCGUAGCUUUUCGUAUUCGUUCCGGAGAUCGAGAAAAAUAAAUUGCGGUAGUUGGAGAUAAUUUUGGGUCGUGCACGACCUUUGAUGUGAUAGAUUAGAUCUAUUUCGUAGCAUAAUGCACGUGGCAUGAUGAAAAUGAAUACGAUCUCUAUCCGAGAUGCGUUCCAUGAAGUUGACGCAGGUGCUUCAAGCGGAAGUAUACCCCAGUUUCAUCAUGAUAAUCAAAAUGUUUAUGUUGGCUUGCCACCGUAUACGUGUGAGCUUGACAUACUUAACUUCCCGUUUUUAGCUCUAGAUCGAUCAUUUGACUUUGUAUGCUUCACAAUAAUAUCGAGGUGAAAAUCUCGUACGGUGGAUUUCGGUGCUUGUUCGAGGUGAAAAUGAAACUUGAAGACGAGACGCAACACGCGAUCUUCGUUCCUGAAUAGGGACUUCGGCUUCACAUUUUUGUACUUAGAAAGCAGUGGCAUCAUGACGUCCGAUGCGUAAGAUUCCUGGAGCUUCGUUUGCUACAUGAACUGUGCAACAGCCCGGAAUACAUACGGUCGAUAAACUUUUGCGCACAUUUAGUACUCGAGCAAGUUGUACGGAACAAAG